AUGUCUACCAUGGAAACCAUGCGCCCAACGGGCUACGGCUCCGACAACGAGAGCGAAGGCCAAGCAUCCGGCGGCCGCAAGAUCUCUGCCAACGUUGGCCCUGUUCCCUCGUCCGCCUCACUCAGCCGCCCAGCAGGCAACAUCAUCAAGGGGCCUGUCGACGACAACGGAAAGCAAAAGGACGCCGCCCUGUUGAUUGGAAUCAAGCUCGACCUGGAAGCAGAAAUUCACUUGACAGCACGGAUUCGUGGAGAUAUUACAAUUGGAUUGUAUUGA